ACUUCUUCAAACCAACCUAGCAGUUCAGCACCUAUUAUCGCGCCCGCUUUAUGCUGGUGAAUGAACGAAGCAGACGAGCGGGACCCCAAGCUUUAGGAACUAUUAAUUUGCUCGCGAGCCACCCGUUUGUUAGCCGCCGAUGGCGCAGCAAGCAGCUGACGCGAUUCCCGGCGGGAUUCCCGCAGAUGUAGAUGGCUGCCAGCUGGCCACUUCAGGCAGCGAUCCGUUAACGGCAGCCGGCCAGUUUGACGGUCUUAAAACGGAAGAUUUUACGGACGGGCAAGGAGAACCGGACGUGAAUCCUGCGAGUCAGGAGCCACGUGUGGUUAGGGAAAUUGACGUCUUCCUGAUGCCACGUGUCGACGAUCAAACCAAGUUGUACCUGUUCCAGUACCCCCUGCGGCCAUCCUGGCGACCCUAUGGGCUGGAAGAGCGAUGCCAGGAGAUUCGGGUGCGCCCGUUACAAUCACGUGUGGAGGUGGAUCUAGCCAUCGAUACAAGCGACUCCUCCUAUGAUCACGAUGCUGCGGACCAACUCAAGCAGACCACGCAGACCCUCACCUCGUCCCAACUGAAUUUGGCCACGAAUUAUGCUGCCGGCAUCCUAAGAGGCAACGAGCUCCACUUAAAUCCCUUGCACGCAGUGGUGCAGCUGCGGCCGUCGCUAGCUUACCUGGACACUGCAGCGGACAAGGCGGAGGGGGGGAAGGGGAAGAAGAAGGGAGUGGUGGAGGGGGUGGAGGAGGAGGAGAUGGCGGAUGGGGAGGAUGGGGAGGACAAGGCGGGGCCAGUGGCUCUGGAGGUGAGUUUGAAGAAGCGGGAGACGGAGGAGCAGGAGGAGUUGCGGCUGCAGUCAUACGCGCACAUCCACACCCUGCGAGAGAAAGAGCCGUGGCAGCAGUUGCAGGCGUUCUCAGCGUCAAGCGAGGAGGCGGAGGCAGUCCGUGGUCGCAUGGUGGUGGCAGGGGGGAGAAGAGGGGGAGUGAAGAAGGAGGGAGAAGUUAAGAAGGAGAGCGGAGUUAAACUGGAGGACGACAUGGAGAUGGAGGGCACGAUGGAGAAAGGGGAGGGGGGUCGAGAGGGGGAGGGGGAGGCGAGUGGAGGAAUGGGAGGGGAGCGAGGAGAGGGGAUGGGCGUGGAUGGGGAGGCAGGGGAAGCAGGUGGUGGCGUUGCUGAUGUUCCCUUCACACUCUCUCAUGCGGCCUACAUUCAGUCGCUGGUGGGCGCCUGUCUCUCGCACUCCUCUGCUGCUGCUGCUGAGAUUCGAGGGAUCUCUGGCCUUUCCAAGAGCUACCUGGACUCCCUUCCCUUGGAGCGGCGUCUCCUUGCACUUCUCUCAAGAGCCAAGGCUCACAUCUUCCAGUUCGAUCGCCUCAUGCGGCUGCUGCCAGAGGGCACCCAGGAGCAGCAGGUGCUGGCGCUGCUGCAACACAAGGCGCUGCUGGUGCAGGGCUGCUGGGUGGCGCCCAGCUCCAUGCGGUGCCCGGUGGGCCCCACGUGUGUGGUGCGGGACCUGCUGCUGCUGCUGUUCACCAAGCACCGGGUCAUUCAACGGGAGCACGUGGCGCACCUCAACGUCCCUAGGGAGCUUCUAAGGGAGCUGUUUCUAUCCAUCGGCACGUCCAGGGGGCCCAACACAGGCUGGGAGUUUGCCGAGCCAACAGACAACGCUUUUCUCCAGAGCCACCCCGCCAUAGCUAAGGAGCAGCUUCGGCGCUGGAUGGCUGCCGAGCCUGCGAUCCUCCGAGCCUCCCGCGCCCUCUCCCUGGCCACCAUGGCUGACGUGGCAGCAGCUUCGGCUGCUGCAGCUGCGGCCAAGGCUGCUGCCGCUGCUGGGGGUGGAGGAGGCAGGGGUGCGGGAGGUAGGGGCGGGGGAGGUAUGGGAGCGCCCAGAGCAGGCUUGGCAGGGCGUGGAGCAGGUUUGGCGGGGAGAGGUGCAGGAUUGGCUGGACGAGGUGCAGGAUUGGCUGGACGAGGAGCAGGUCCGGCAAGAGGUUCGGGGGGUCCGAGCCUGCAGGCUGGAGCUGUGGCAGGAUCAGCUGCAGCUGCAGGUGCGGCGGCAGCAGCAGCAGCAGCAGCAGGAGGGGGGGGAUUGGUGGUGUCCGUGGGGCUGAGCCUGAGUGCAGAGACACGGAAGGCGUUACCUGGUGCGUUGAAGAAGAUAUUCAACCGACACCACGUGUGCAGUCUGCCCUUCCUGUGCCAGCAGUUGCAGCUGGAAGCUGAGGAGCAGCAGAGGGCGGCAGGGGCGUCACCUCAGGCUGUAGCCACGGCUGUAGCGGCAGCCAAGGCUGCAAAAGCACCCAUGAAUGAGCUUGGGGCAGCCGUGUCAGAGGUGGCUACCAGCAUCAACGGGAUCUACUUCCUCCCAACGCUCAACGAUCCAGCAGUCGAUCCUUUCAGGGAGGUGGUGAUCGCGCUGCUGAGAGCCAAGGGAGCGGGGGGGAUAGGGCUGAAGCGGACAGAGAUAAUAGAGGCCACGCGGAUUGCGCUCAAGACAGACGUGCCUGUUGCCACCUACCAACGGGUUUUGAAGGAGCUGUGUGUCACAAACGGUGCCACCUGGGUGCUCAAGCCAGGAGACGGCAGCACAGUGUAGUCUUGUCACUAAAAGUUACGUGUACUGUACUAGGGUACCUGAUGUUGCACAGGUGCUGCUGGUAAUGCAUGUGUUCAACUGUUCUUCCAGCAAUGUGAACGGUUGCCUGAUGUACGGGCAUGAUUUUUAAUCAAACUUAGUGCUCUCUCUGACCCAGUGUA